UUGUCUCCUUACUUGUUCCUACUCUGUACUGAAGGCCUUAUCAGCUUAAUUCGUGAUGAAGUGCAAAAGGGUUCUUUACGUGGGAUUCGGGUUUGUCGUGGCGCACCUCACAUAUCUCACCUUUUAUUUGCUGAUGAUUGUAUACUAUUUUCACAAGCUUCCCUUUUAUAGGCAGCUACUAUCUCCUUGGUGCUUCAGAGGUUUCUUCAAUUGAAUGUGGAUGCUGGAAUGUCUUCUUCAGGUUUGGUUCAACUGGGGCUUAUUUUUAGAGAUGAAUUUGGUAAUGUUUUAGCUUCUGCCAUCAAAUGCAUUUUUGGCUUAUGGACAUCAGAUAUCUCUGAGGCUUUGGCCAUGGCUUUUGGCCUAAGAUUGGCGAUGGAAUUGAGUUUUCCACAUAUAAUUGCAAAAUCAUAUCGUCAGCUUCUUAUUGGGCUUUUUCAAGCUAAGGAGACUCCUUAUAGUCCCCUUGGGUAUGUGCUUCAAGAUUGCUUUGAAUGGUCUCACCUGUUGAACCGUUGUUCUUGGUCAUUCACUAAAAGAUCUGGCAAUUAUGUUGCCCAUGCUUUAGCCAAGUUGGAUGAUUUCUCUUCUGCGGAGCAAGAAUAUUUUUGGAUUGAAGAUAUUCCUAAUGCUGUUUCUGCUGUUCUUGCCCUUGAUGUGUCUUUACUUCAGUAAUGAUGUAUUUUGCCUUUCUUUGAUUUAAUAAAAUAUCGUUAGUUAUAAAAAAAAUUUAAUAUAGUUU